AUGGUAGGCAAGCAAUCCCCCAAAACAAACACCUCCAAAGCCCCGAAAGAGGCCACCGCGGGCAACCCGGACAACGACCGCUCCGACCAACUCCCCGCGAGCUCUCUCCCCAUCAGCCCAAUCCGCCUCCUCCCCAACCAAGCCCCGAUAACCCUAAACGAAUUCCGAACCUGGCGCACCCACCCCCUGCCCCCCGCCAUCCCAGUCUUCGACGACCUCUCACCCCAACGCAUCCGCGUCGGCCUCAGCCGGGACCUCCGCCCGCACCGGGUCGACGCGCACUACCGGACCAGCCUCGCCUACGAGCCCGUCUACCUAGCGCCCCACACCCACAGCAGCACGUACAGCCUCCUCCUCCUCCUCCAGUCAUGUGGCGACGAGGCCCUCCGCGCGGACGACGUCCUCCUGCACCCGCCCUUCACCGACCCGCGGACCUGCCUCUUCGUCGCCCGCAACUCCCUGCGCGCCUGGCGCCGACAGUGGGAGGCAGCGCUGCUCGUCGCGCUGGGGCGCCGCACCCCCACGGAGAUGACCGCGCUGGUCCGCGCCGAGGUGGCCAGGGAUAAGUACCGGCCGUGGUUCGUCGUGGAUGAGUUUGAGGCGGAGUAUGAGCUGUGCGCGGAGAACCCCGUGCUCGAUCAGGCGGCGUUCGCGGACUAG